GGCUCGAGCCGCCUCGGUGUCGGGCGCAGGCUGUGCUUGGCAGUCGGGCCUUUUUUUGUGGAUUCUCGGCCGUCGGAGGGCGGGCCAUGGCGCCGAAGGCGGCCAAGAACAAGGCGGUCGACGCGGCGGCGAAGGCGGAGGAGCCUCCCGCGAAGAAGGCGAAGCCCGAGGAGGACGCCGAAGCGGCGAAGAAGCCCGCGGAGCCGGAGGAGAAGGAGACGGACGCUCCGAAGGCGAAGGGCCCCCUCCUCGAGAAGGCCGUGGGCUUCGACCCGAGCGGCUACUCGCUGAACGUGGUGCCCGUCAUGGGAGGCAACGUGCUCAUGUCGGCAACGGACGGCGGCAUGCAGUUCCUCCUGGGCGGCGCCCGCGCCAACGUGGGCCUGAAGGCGGGCCGCUAUUUGUACGAGGCGAAGGUUGUGGAGGUGCUGGCUCCCGACGAGGGCAAGCAGCACCAUGGGCAGCGCAACAAGGUGUGGGGGAAGCAGAUGGUCCGGCUGGGCUUCUCCACGGAGGGGUCGUCACUCAUCCUCGGCGACGGAGACGACUGCAUCGCCUUCGACGGGGACGGCUCCUUCAUCGCUGACGGGAAGAAGUCGCCUCCGAAGCACAGCAGCAAGUUCUGGCGCGACAAGGUCGUAGGCGUGCUCCUCAACCUGGACCCCAAGAGCGACAACGCCCACACCGUCAGCCUCUUCAGGGACGGCGUGCGCGUCACCGAGCCGAUGCCGCUGCCGGACAAGCUCAAGGGCAAGCCCCUGUUUCCUCACGUCACCUUCCGCAACGUGACGGUGCAGAUGAACUUCGGGCCCAACCCGAUGAAGCCGCUGCCCUUCAAGUGCCUCAUGGUGCAGGGCGCCUCGGCGGCGGACACCAAGGCGGCGCCUGCCCCCGCGGCAAAGAGCACGGUGGUGUUCCCAGUGGGCAUGCCGGACGAGGGCACAUUCGAUGUGGUGGAUGCCUUCCUCGAGAAGAACCCGUCGUUCACCGAGCUCAGUGACCGCAAGGUGCAGGAGUGGGCGGUCAAGAGCGGGGCGUGGAAGGGCAACAAGACCGCCUCGAACGACAAGCCGCCCUUCGACUUCGGCAUGGAGAUGCUCGACAACAGAAGCGCCUGCCACGUGAUCGGCGCCAUGGCCCACUGUGUGCCCCGCGACUACGUCGUCAUGGAGGUGAGAGGGAACUUGUGCCCAGAAGAUCGGAAGGCCAAUUUGCAGAAGUUCAGCUCGGCCAAGUUCAAGAGGGUCGCCAGAGUGGCCAUGGGCAAGCCUCCCAAGGAGUACAUCGCGAAGGUGCACAAGACCCUGCUCGAGCAGAAGCAGGCCAAGCUUGAGCUGGAGUGGAACAAGAGGAAGGCCGAGAAGGCGAAGCAGAAAGCCUUCAAGCUGAAGCAGAAGGAGAUCGCAGAGAAGAAGAAAAAGGCAGAGGAGGAUAAGAAAAAAAGGGAGGAGGAAGCCAAAGCCAAGAAGGAGGAGGGAGCCAAGGCCAAGAAGGCCGCUGAGGAGGCCAAGAAGGCUGCCGAGGAGGACAAGAAGGAGGGUGACAAGAAGGAGGAGGCGAAGGAGGGAGAUACGAAGGUGGAGGAGUCCGAGACCAAGGAGGAUGCCAAAGAGGAGCCAAAGACGGAGGAGGCCAAGGAGGAGCCAAAGGAGGAGCCCAAGGACGAGCCCAAGGAGGAGCCCAAGGAGGAGCCCAAGGUGGAGGAGGCGGAGGAGGAGGAGGAGGAGCCCGACGAGCCGAUGCCCGUGGCCGAGCUCACCGAAGAGGAGAAGGCGAUGUGCUUCAAGCCUGUCCUCGUAAGCGACCUGGCCCCCAGGGUGCUCUCCAGCUCGUUCGCCAAGUUUUCGAUCCCCGAUAAGAGCGAGGGCUUCGACGAGAUCAUCUUCGAGUGGGAGAAGGAGGCGGCGAGCGCGAGAUACCUGAAGGACCGCGUACUGAAGUUGAAGACUACGUCCCGCAUCGACGACCUCGUGCCCGGGGAGUGGUUCAAGACCACCUCGGGGGAAUUCGAAAAGUUGCAGGCCGAGUGCGAAGAGAAGACGAAGACAGUGACGGCGGCCCAGAAGGACGACCCGCCCGCGGAUAUCAUGGCUGUCGAGGACGUGCACAACGUUGGGGAUGGGACGCCUCUCUACAAGCUCUUCGUCUUCGAGGACUGGGUCCUGCUCAAGCUCCGCUGCGAGCUGUUCCUCCUGGCGGUCUCGUACAAGAAGGACGUCGACGACCCUGAGCGCCCAGGGAUCCACGAGGAUAACCUCGCUUUCUACUACGGCAAGUACUUCAAGAAGGGCCUGGUGCCAAAGCACUACGGGAAGGACACGCUGGUCGACCUGCUGACCAUGAUCAAGGACACGGUCAGCAUCGACCCGGAGAACGGCGUGCUGACGCUGAAGAUCGAGGAUGACACACCUGCCGACCACUUCGUGAAGAUGCAGGAGAAGAGCCGCCGCGACCGGCAGCGAAGAUUCGACGCCGGCGACGAGACUGCCCGCCUCGACUUCUCCGCGCUGAAGGCGCAAAAGGAGGCGGCCGAGAAGCAGGCGGCGCUCAAGGCGCAGCAGGAGAAGGAGCUGGCCGAGAAGCAGAAGGAGAUGGCCGAGAAGAUGAAGGCCGCGGCCGCGGCCAAGGCCGCCGCCGCGGCCGCGGCCGCCGCCGGGGGCGCCGCCGGGGGCGCCGCCGCGGGGGCGCUGUCCGCCGGCAAGGUGACGGGGAAGAUGGUCCCGCCCAAGGGAAUGGGCGACAAGGGCAAGGGCGCCGCCGGCCCCAAGGGCGCCGGCAAGGCCUGGCAGCCCGGCAAGUUCGGCUGCGGCAAGCCCGGCAAGUGGUGAGGGCGCGGGGCCUCGGCCGCCGGCGCCCUGCCCGGGCGGCGGCGCCCGGGCGGGUCGGCACGCGCGGCGGGGGCGUCCGCCCCCCCCCCCUCCGUCCUGGCCACGCCCGACCUGAUCCUGGCCUCCCCCCCUCUGGCCGCACCCGAGAGAGGUGCAGGGCGCAUGCACCGAUCCUGGGUCCAGCACGGGCCUGGCCAGGAUCGACGUCGGUGUAUAGGUGGCGCCCUCGCGCGCCGCCGCGCGCGGACCGCGCUCCGCGCACAAGGCUCUGGACGCGCUGCCGCGCAGAAAGGACCCUCCGCAUCUUGCGUUCCCGCCCGCUCUUUGGGGGCGCUGGCCCCUUGAGAAUCCAUGUGUGUGUGCCCCCUCUCCUCCUCCUCCUUCCCCUUCUCCUCCUCCUCCUCCUUCCCCUCCUCCUC